AAGGUACAGAGAGUUAUAAUUGAUGGUUUAGGGAGAACAAAAGAUGAUCUGAUAAUCCAACAAGUUCAACCAAUAUUUCAAGCUGAUAACUUCGAAGAGAUGGUGAUGUUGAGUCAAGAGGUGAAAAUAAAACUACAGAGAUUACAGUUGUUUAAACAUAUAGAAAUAUAUAUAGAUACUAGUAAAGGUAGUAAAUCAUCAGUACCUAAUGGUUACGAGGUGAAAUUUAACGUCAAAGAAACCAGACGAUUCACCGGAGAAACAAAAGUUACAAUUGGUAGUAACAAUCCAGAAUUGCUAUUUGGUUUAAAGAUGCCGAACGUAUUUGGUCGAGGUGAGAGAGUACAAGUUAAUUAUGGUCAAGGUGUUAACCAUGUUAGAGAUUUUGGACUCAAUUUUAUGAAACCAAUGUAUGCCAACCCGGAUGUCUUGUUUGGUUGUGGUAUACACCAGUAUAAUGGUGAAUAUCCCUGGUCUGGUUAUAGAGAAUUAGAUAGAGCUCUUAAUUUUAAUAUUACAUUUCCCUCUAUACUGGGUAUACAUACGUUAAAAUGGGAAGGAGUGUGGCGAGAUCUACGUUCGUUAUCUAGAGUUACCUCCUUCGCUGUACGAGAACAGUCCGGACAUUCUGUUAAAUCUUCUCUCAAGCAUGAUUUUGUACGAGAUACAAGAGAUAAUAAAGUUUUACCUACAGUUGGAUCAUGGAUCAGAGUCUCACAGGAAUAUGCUGGUUUAGGAGGAAAUGUAGAAUUUGCUAAACAGGAUAUAGAAUUUCAGUUUAAUCAAUCUCUAUUGUAUGAUACAGUAUUGCAAUUCUCUGGUGCUUUUGGUAUAAUGAGAUCUUUGAACCUCAAGAAUGAAAUCAGAAUAAAUGACAGGUUUUUUCUGGGAGGACCUCUGACGUUACGAGGGUUUAAUAUUAAGGGAGUGGGGCCUCACAGUGACGGUGAUGCUUUAGGAGCUGAUGCCUACUGGUUAUUAGCUGCCCAUCUAUACACCCCUCUACCAUUCCGACCAGGAAAAGGAGGCUUUGGAGAUCAUUUUCGCACACAUUUCUUUGCCAAUGCUGGGAACCUGAGUAAUAUUAGCCUUAAUAACCAUAUACGUGAGAACGUGAUGAAGUUAGGAGAAAUGUUUCGAUGGGCGUAUGGUUGUGGAAUUGUUUUAAAUUUUAUGUCGAUGUUUCGAUUUGAGUUAAAUUAUGUUGUACCAGUUAGAUUACAGAGAGGGGAUAGUGCAAAUCCAGGACUACAAUUUGGAAUAGGAGUGGAAUUUUUAUAG